AUGGUGGCGCAUCGUCGCCAUCAUUUCCUCCUCGAGACGUUCUGUUUCUGCGCCAUCAUCGUCGCACUAUUCCCGGAGAAAGCGUAUGCCAUCGCGGGGAAAUGUUCCGCCUGUAAAGCAGUCUCCGCGGAACUCCAAGAAGCUUUGAACAAAGAAAACAAGCAAAGAAACCACAUCGACAUGCGAGGUCGCUUGGAUUCUAAAGGCCAACGAUACGGGAAGUUAAUUCCGUACUCGGUCUCCGAACAGAGAUACUUAGAGCUCGUGGAGGAUUUUUGCGAGACGAGCAGAGUUCCGGAUUAUCAACUGAGCAAAGCGGACUUAUCUCGAAACGAGACGGAGGACUCGUGGUAUAAAGCGCCGAAAGGGACGGUUCGAGGCGCGCAAGCGAAAACGGAACAGAGAGAGAUUCAGACGUACUGCGAACGAGUGAUGGAGGAAGUGGAGGAAGAGUUGCAGACGUUGUUGUACGAGGAGAAGUUGAACGAGACGAACGUCGAACAGUACGUGUGUUACGAGUUGUCGCCGCAGUGCGUGUCGAAAGCCGAGUGGAAGAAGAAGAAGAAGGAUAGAAAGGAAGGGAUGGAUAGGCACACGGGUAAAUACGACACGGCGACGAUGAAGGAGUUGUGA